UCGACGGUCAGACCCGUUUGCCCGAUGAUGGCUGCCCAGCUCAGGCAACUCAAACUCAUCACCUCCGUCGGCGGCGCCAACUCUUCCUUGUACGCAUCAAUCCGGCGAAAAACAAGCUCAGCCCAUUAUGUAUUCUCUAGAGCAAGAGAUCCCACUUUCGAGAAGCUAAUGGGCAACUACAAGAACCUCCUCAAAGUAAUCGCUAUUCAAGACCUCAUUUUGGCUAGCCCCAUCAAAAACCCACCUUCCGUCUCCGUCGAUUUCCUCAACCGUCUCUCUCAACGCCUCCAUCUCAACCGUGGAGCCGUCGCAUUCCUUCGUAAGUACCCUCGUAUCUUCGACAUAUUCAAUAACACCUCCAAAUGUCAGCCCUUCUGCAAGCUAACUGCCGCCGCCAUCGACAUAUCCCAACAAGAAACAGAAGCAAUCGCCGCCUCUAUAUCCCUCUCCGUCGAUCGCCUCGUUCGUAUUCUCUCAAUGUCGGUGUCUAAAUCCGUGCCUCUUCGAGCAGUUAUGAAGGUCUGGAAAGAGUUGGGACUGCCCGAUGAUUUCGUGAACUCGGUAAUUGCUAGUAACCCUCAUAUAUUUCAGCUGAUUGAUGGCAAUGAACCAAAUACCCAUGUGUUGAAACUAGUCGAUAACAAAUCUAUCGAGAAUUUUUCAGCUGCAAUUGAGAAUUGGAGAAUUACAGAGUAUUGUAAAGAGGGAAAUAAUGUUGAUAGGAGUGAUAUUAAGUACUGCUUUAAACAGAUGUUUCCUCCUGGAAUGAGAUUGGGUAAAACUUUUAAGGCGAAAUUGAAAGAGUGGCAAAGAUUGCCUUACAUUGGACCAUAUGAAGAAAUGAGAGAGAAUAGAAAGUCUAAUUCUAAAGCUGGAAUGAUGGGAUUAGAGAAACGAGCUGCGGCAAUUGUCCACGAAUUUUUGAGUUUGACAGUUGAGAAAAUGGUGGAAGUGGAGAAGAUAAGCCAUUUUAGGAAAUGUUUUGGGAUUAAUUUGAACAUAAGGGAUUUGUUCUUAGAUCAUCCUGGGAUAUUUUACUUGUCUACUCAGGGAAAGAUGCAUACUAUGUUUCUUAGAGAGGGUUAUGAAAGGGGUUGUCUGAUUGAACCGAAUCCUGUGUAUACUGCCAGGAGAAAGCUUCUUGAUCUUGUCCUCCUUUCACGUAGAGGCUUGUCUUCAUGUGAUUCAAUGUUGAUGAAUCCAGACAAAGCUAUUACUACCAAUAACCAACAAGAAUCAGACUCAGAAGAAGAAGAGGGGGAAAAUACUUGAAUUCGAACAGCUUUUCGACUUCAGGAAGGAAUGUUGUAUGAAUCCAGACAAAGCUACUACUACUACCAAUAAGCAACAACAAUCAGAAUCAGAAUCAGAAGAAGGGGAAAAUACUUGAAUUGGAACAGCUUUUCGACUUCAGGAAGGAAUGUUGUAUGGGUUCACAACAUACAAAGAAAAACACUUUUGUUUCUGGAUUCAAUUUCUGAAUCUGUGUCAUGUGUCGGGUUAAGUUCAGUUUGAUCUCGCCUGUAUUCUCGUCGAAUGAGAAAUUUGAAAGUCAUUGUGUUCUUCAUUCUUUGGGUUUGUAGGCAAGCCAGUAUAAUCAAGGGCGGAAGAUUGUAGUUUUGAUACAAAUUAGGGACAUGUUAUACAAUCAUUUUUAAUUU